CCGGCCCCACGAUCUAUCAGCUGCUUCCACCUUCCGCCCAGCGCCGGCUAUCCGCACGACGGACGCCGAUUUCCAACGUCGCGCGGCCCCUGCGCCGCCGGAGCCCGAAAUGUCGGGCCCCAACGGGGACUUGGGCAUGCCGGUGGAGGCUGGCGCGGAAGGCGAGGACGAUGGCUUCGGGGAAGCAGAGUACGCUGCCAUUAACUCCAUGUUGGACCAGAUCAACUCCUGUCUGGACCACCUGGAGGAGAAGAACGACCACCUCCAUGCCCGCCUCCAGGAGCUGCUGGAGUCCAACCGGCAGACACGCCUUGAGUUCCAGCAGCAGCUUGGGGAGGCCCCUGGUGAUGCCAGUCCCUAAGCUGUGGGAGUUCCCAUCUAGGCCCAAACCCUGCCUUCCUGGGCAUCUACUACCUGGCUUAGAUACCUUUGAGUCCCCUAGUGGGUCUGCCUGCCUGUGCCAGCCCCCACUGCCCAGCUGCCCUCCUGAGGCGAGGUGUGGCUCUGUGGCCUACUCAAUUGCCUGCCUGCCCAGUUCCUGGGCAUUCCCCACCUCACCCAGGAUUCAGUAUCUACAUUAAACGGGU